GUGUUGAUUCACUACUAGCUGUUUACAGUUCUGACCUAUAGUUUCAUGAGACUAGUUUUGUUGUAGAUCUACAGCGUAUAAUUAUAGAGCUGAUCUACGUGCACUUUGCUAUUUGAGAAAUUUGUUUAGCAGACCCUCUGUCAGCACCAGAUAUUUCGAAAUGGACGUAUCGGAGAGAACACCGCGCAAAAGUGAGAGUGACCGUCCCCGCCUUCAGGAGCGCGGCGUUGCAGGGCUGAGAAAUUUAUUGUCGAAGAACGCUAAUCGCCCCAAGAAACAAGCGUCAGAUGAUAAUGAAACAGAAGAUAUCCUCCAGAAAAUGGCAAAGAAGAACGCAGAGAUUCAACGGAAAUUCGAUAUCGCUCAACGAGAUCGUGAAGAAGCUGCUGCGGUGGGUGCCUCAUUCCGUUCUUCCCAAUGUAGCACGCAGGCCUCCAGACUCAACGGUUCUUACGGCGCUAUGUGUGCGCAAAGUCAGAACAAGCCCGAAACACAUUCAUCUGAGCAAAAUUCUGCCAGUGUGAAGCACGCCAGAAUAAUGUCCCCGCCAUCCAGUCAAAUAUCAGGUAUGUCCUGUAGACGAAUCCAGUCUGCCGGGAGCGCUUGUGGUCCUCUUCCGCCAAAAGGACGAGCCAGGAUCCGACCACAGUCUUCCCACAUGGCUGUCGUUGGUAAUGUCGGAGCAUCAACUGGGUCACAGGCAUCAAGUCAAACUUCUACCAUAUCCUCGAGACAACUCCAGUCUGCGGGGAAUGCUCCUUGUCGUCUCCCGUCAAAAGGACGCGGAAGAGUCCGAGCACAGCCUCCAAGCAUGGCUGGUGCUGGAAAUGUUAGAGCAUCAACAGGGCCGCAUGCUACCGCACAUGGACGAAUGACGUUGACUCCCACUGAACAACCUGGACACAAGCAGACGGAGAGGGAUAGUGAUAGUGAUUCGUUGCAGACUGCGUCGUUUCCAAAGAUAGAGUCGCCGUCCCUCCAGGCCAGAAAGAAGCCUGAAUCCAAUCGCUUUGCAGGGCUUCGGGGUGCGCUACUUGGCCUGGUAACUGAGAUACACGCGAAGAACGAAACCUUGAAAGAGGAUCAGUCCACACUGUUUUCUGGACAUGUGCAAGUGGUGAGUAAGCCGAACAGGACUCCCACCGAACAACCGGGGCACAAUCAAAGCGGAAGUACAGAUGUGUCCGGCCAGCCGCAAUCAGUAUAAUACACUAAGCAGUGAUGUUAUAAUUUCUCGCCGGCCGAGCGGAGAGAGUGAGGCGAGAAAUGAUUUCUCCCGCA